UCCAAACCUAAACCUAUAUCGCGUCGUCCACCAUAUACCGUCAACGCCGCCGCCACUUUCCUCCUCGCCACUGACCGUCCGACUAUCUCUCUCAGCCUCAUCUCUCUCCCCUUCCUAGAUCGACGCCCCUUCCUCUCUCGAUUAGGAUCAACACACGACGCCCUUGCUUCUCCGUCCAACCACACCGCAUCUCCUCAACUCCUCCCUUUGGGUGAGAAGAGGAGCCCUUCUUCACAUUCUGGUCAUGAAUAUAAGCUAUGUCUGGGCAAAUCAGAAAGUAGGCACUGCUCCAUGUUAAUGCUCUGAGUGAUGCUGAAAGAAGCACGAGUUGUGUUACCACUCAGACUUGUAAGAAUGGUCAUAGACGAUUACCUUUUGUGGUCACUAGAGUAGAUCUGGAAAAGGGUCGCCAAGAGUGUCAGAAUCCAUCUGUUAUUCUGGCACGAGGUAAAUUAGCAAGAAAAUGACAUCUGCUUAUAAGAACUGCAGGAAGACCUAUGUCAAAAUUUGAAAACCUGCCUUUCCUGAAAAAAGAGGCUAACGUAAAAUCUUUGCAGCAAACGGAUGCUCAUGUGACCAGUGACCAUCCUUUGAAGCUUAAAGAGCACAGAUUAGAUAUUGGAGAUGAAAAUUAUGAUUUGUUGGGAUAUGAAGUUUACUCUGGGAAACUUGUUCUAGAUAAUAAAAACAAAGGCACAACUGCUGAUGAACAAAUUGGAUCAAGGAUUGGAAACUCUGAUAGUAUUGAUGCAAAGCUUUCAAGCAAAGCCCUAGCUUGGGGUUCCCAUGUGCUACAUGUUGGCGAUGUCAUAUCGCUUGUAGGCUUCGAAAUGGAAGUGGUUAAAAUAGAAUAUGCUGGUCAUGCAAGAGAACUUGCUUCCACUAUAGAAAUCAGCACCUACCCUGAUGGAAUAGUAUGUGUUGGAGGAGAUGGCAUUGUGAAUGAGGUACUUAAUGGUCUUCUGAGCAGAGAUAACCAAAAGGAUGCACUUUCUAUUCCAAUUGGCAUCAUUCCUGCUGGUUCAGAAAAAUUCACUAUUUUGGACUAUUUUGGGGGUCAGGGAUCCCCCAAAAUAUCUAUUAUCUUUUGAUGUUGUAAAAAGAAUAUUUGUAUAUUUUAUGGAUACUGUUGUAAGAAGAAUAUUUGUGUAAUUUGUGGAUACGGACUUGAUGUGUACAAUA